AGAAUGUGUGCACGUAGCGUAUCCAGCCACCGCUUAAUUCUGGUCGCGGCGAAUGCAUUUACCAACCAAAACUAACACAAUUUCAUCUCAAAAACCCAACAGGGAUUCAAAAUCUUGUACCUGAAGGAGAUAAUCAGACAGGAACAGCUACCGACAUCAUUUGGGCAUCUCGGUUUUCGUUAAUUGAACGAGCUACCAGAUCAAUUAACCAUGGCGCCGAUGAGAAGAGCUCUGCUUGCUACUCUCAAACAGACUCUUAGUACAACGGUAGUGCCGAAUAAGACGAGGAUAACGACCUCCACAAGGGCUUUGCUGAUGGACACCCCUAUUCAAUCACAAUCUUGUUUCAGGUCUCAGCUUGGUUCAGUUUAUAGUUUCUCUAUGAAUCUUCAGUCCUUUGGUGGCGUGUUUGAUCUUUCCAAUGAAGAAAGCAAAAGGCGCGCUAUUAAUAGAUUGUUGUACCGAAGCAAGCAAAGGGGUUUCUUAGAAUUGGACUUGGUAUUAGGGAAGUGGGUCGAGGAAAAUAUCUCUACAAUGGAUGAAUCUGGCAUAAAAUCGCUUGUUCAUGUUCUCGACGUGGAGAACCCAGACCUGUGGAAAUGGCUCACUAGCCAGGAACAACCACCCGAGGCUUUGAAUAAUAACCCAGUAUUUUCUGCUCUUCGUGAGAAGGUCAUGGGCAACCUGGAAAAUCAUGCUUCCCCUGACACACGAGCAAAACCUGGGCAGCCAUGGGUAAGAGGAUGGGAUGAUUUGAAAAGAGGACGAGACAGCCCCAUAUCUGGGAAUCAGUAAGUACUUACUCAUGUGGAGUUUCGGAUCACAAUCUUAUGUAUUUAGUCAAAAAACGGGUGAUUUCUGUCGGACUACUCAAUGGGUACUGCUUUGUUCUAAUGUUUCAAGUUGAUAUUUGGUGAACUUAGUGCUUAAUAAAAAGCUCAUGUGUUCAUUAAGGAUAAGCGUCACAUGUAUGUGUCUGUUUGUAAAGAGAAGGUUGCUGCAAAAUGCGAGUUGCAUUCUCACCUUCCCCAUUUUAUAUAGUAUGACAAAUAAAGCCACUCUCUCAGGUAAUAUAUUAUGCCAAAUAAAGCUACUCUUUCAGGUUAA